ACCCUUAUCGGUUUUAUCACUUCUCGAUUAGUCUCUCUCUCUCUCUCUCUCACAGUCUGAAGAAACAAGAGAGAAGACCAUGUCUUGUUCUUCAGCCACUCCGCUUUCAAAGCAUUUGCCAAUGGCUAAAACCUAUUUGACUUCUUUACCAAUAACCCUUUUCACUAAAACCCAUAACCCAUUUCUCUCACUUUCCUUUAAAAAACCCAUAAACCUCUCUUUGUCAGCUGCUUUUCCUUCAUGGGUCUCUCUCCAAAACCCCAACAAGUUCUCUUCUUUACACAUAAUCCCACUCGUGGCUCAGACCUCAGAUUGGGCCCAACAAGAAGAAGAAGAGGAAGAGAAUUUGAGUUGGGAUAAUCAAGAAAUUGAGGGUUCUGUUGAUGGUGAAGAGAGUUUUGGUGGUGGGAGUGAAGAAGAGGAGUAUAGAGAGCCGCCCGAAGAGGCUAAGUUAUUUGUGGGUAAUUUACCUUAUGAUGUUGAUAGUGAAAGUCUGGCUCAGCUUUUUAACCAGGCUGGUGUUGUUGAGAUUUCUGAGGUUAUUUAUAAUAGGGAUACUGAUCAGAGCAGAGGAUUUGGUUUUGUGACAAUGAGUACUGUUGAGGAAGCUGAGAAAGCUGUGGAGAUGUUUCACCGUUAUGAUUUAAAUGGAAGACUUUUAACUGUAAACAAGGCUGCUGCUAGAGGGUCGCAGCCGCCAAGACCUCGAGUUUAUGAAACUGCUAACAGAAUCUAUGUUGGUAAUCUGCCAUGGCAAGUAGAUGAUGAUCGUUUGGAGCAAGUCUUCAGUGAAUAUGGAAAGGUGGUGAAUGCCAGGGUAGUUUCUGAUCGGGAAACAGGACGUUCACGUGGGUUUGGCUUUGUUACAAUGUCUAGUGAGACGGAAGUGAAUGAUGCCAUUGCUGCGCUUGAUGGACAGAGUUUGGACGGCAGGGCAAUUAGAGUGAAUGUUGCCGAAGAACGACGAAGGGGCUCUUUUUAGAUCUGCGAGGAGAUAACUCUUAAAUGAGUCCAUUUGUAACUCUUCGCCUCGACAUAUUCCUUUCGAAAAGGAGAUUGUAGCUUUUCUAUAUCUGUUUUAGUUCUUUCUUUUUUUUUUCUUUUUUUUUUUUUUUUU